AUUAAUCUGUCUGUCUCGAGGGAGGAACAUGGCGAAAAACAUUACUAUAUUCUUCUUUCCAUUCUUUUGAAGCAAGCAGCUUCCUUAUUCCUCCUUACCCACCAUUCAUAUAUAUGAUAUAUACAUACAUGUCUCUGAUCUCUACUUCCCUUCAUUCCUCAUUGUGAGGAAGAAGAAGGGUACUACUGAAUCCAUCCAUGGCUUCUUCUUAUCCAUCAUCAUUUGAUUGUCUCGACCAAGAAAGACCCAACAUUGAAUUCAUACGUACAAUUGUUCUUUCCAUUAGCCAACCCAUACAAGGAUUUCUCUCCAAUCCCAAAGCAAGAAAACUGGUGAAAUCAAACUGUUUUUCCAAGCUCAAGAAAAACCAGAAUCAUGAAGAAUUCUUCGAAUUCUCAGAACAAUCGAUUCUCUCCAAUCUUUAUUGGGGAAUAGAGAGUUUCGAAGCUGCUGUUCUGGCAAUAUGCACAGAAGAAAGAUCCAACAGACUGAAGAAGUCAGAGGAAAUGCUCCAAUCACCCGCCUUGCUAGAAGAACACGGCGUCACAGCAGGAGUUCCAAACAAUUACUUGGUCUGCUGUUCCUAUUUUUAUCUCUCUGCAAUUCGGGAGCUCCAAGGAGACCACUGGCAGGCUGCUCUUCAUUUCCUCCAAGCUCUUUCUGUAUCACCUAAGUUGACACAAACAGAAUUCGCUCCAAAAAUUUGCAGGAGUUUACUUCGUUCUUGCGGCAUUUCUCCAAUGGACCAUCAUAAUGAUGAUGAACAACAUUGUAAGCUAUUGAGAAACAUGGCUAGGGGAUAUAAGGCCUGGUUAACCUAUUAUCAGGUUAUGUCCUACAAUGGGAGUCCUCUUAAGCAGUUUGAAAAGGUGCAUCCACUUGACAAUCAAGAAAGUAACCUGGAAGAACAUACUGGACGCCUUGGAGAUAUGUUGAAAGAAUAUCAGUCAGAUUCCUCAGUUUCUGUGGAUUCAAAUGAUAGUUGUUUUGAAGAAGAAGAAGAUGAUGUUUUUGAGGUAAAAUCCUCAGAAAAUUAUAAAUGCUUUGUACUAGAACAUCAAUCAGCUUACAUGGAAGAGAAACUAUAUGGAAAAGAUAGUCAAUAUGAUGAGUUAAUGACUAUACUUGAGAAAACAGUUUCAAAAUUAUGCUUCUCAGAUGAAUUGAUUAGAUUCGAUAGAGAUUAUUAUAAUUUUGUGAAAGUAUAUGGACUCCUGAGCAACAAGAAUGGAGUAAAAUAUACACUUUUGAAGGAUAUAAUCUUGGAUCAGUUAUUAGCAGCUAUAUCAACUUCCAAGGAAGUGGGACUCAUAAGGGCAUCAGUGUCCAUUCUUUCCACCCUAGUUUCAGGUAACAAAUCGGUGAUAGAACAAGUUAUGAAGAAGGGAUUGCAGUUACGCGAUUUGGCUAACGCCUUGAAAAAAAAUGUGCAAGAGGCAGCAGUUCUUAUUUAUUUAACGAAUCCAUCUCCUAUAGAAAUAAAGACAUUGGAAAUUCUACCUUCACUUGUAGAGAUCAUAUGCACUUCUUCAAAUGCGGUUAAGGGAAGGCUUGAUUUGUUAUUGCCCACGCCUUAUUCAGCAUCGUUGAUGAUCAUUGAAGUACUAGUUACCACGUUCGACAACACGACGAAUAACAUGCACUUGGCUGCAAUUAACGCACCGAGAGUGCUGGCUGGGCUACUGGAUAUCCAAAGCUAUAAUAACAUGAAAGAAUAUACCUCUUUGGCCACUAUUCUCAUUAGGUGUAUGCAGUUUGAUGGGAAAUGUAGGAAAUAUAUAUCAGAGUUUGCUCCAGUUGCUCCUUUUAUACAUCUCCUGAGCUGUAAGCAAGAGCAUGCCAUGUCCGUUUCUCUGAAGUAUUUCCAUGAAAUUCUUCGAAUGCCACGGUCAUCAGCUAAUAAGUUAUUAAGACGGAUAAUUGGAGAAGGAAACGUUAACACAAUGCACACUUUAUUUCUCAUCAUCAAUAAAUCACAACAUGAACAUGAACAUAAACUUCUUGCUGCAAAUUUGUUGCUUCAGUUAGACAUGCUGGGAGGCUCACCAGGUAAAAGUAUAUACAGGGAAGAGGCACUGGAAUUCCUCCUCGAAUCAGUGACAUCUGAACCGGGAUCUGCAAACCAAAAAUUGUCUGCUUUCUUGUUGUCAAAUCUUAGUGGAACCUAUUCGUGGUCAGGACAGCCAUAUAUUGUGGCUUGGUUGCUAAAGAAGACUGGUCUGAGUAACUUCCAUCACCAAAACAUGAUAAGGAACUUCAAUUGGCUAGAUGAAAGCAUGCAGGAUGCAGAUUUAUGGUGCAGCAAGAUAGCAAGAAUUCUGAUUAAAACUGGGGAGCCAGUAUUCCGUUCUCUUGAAAACGGCCUGAGGAGUGGGACAAAAAUGGUUUAUCGAGACUGCCUGGCUGCCAUAGCAUGGAUUGGAUGUGAAAUUGUGAAAUGUCCAGAGGAUAUAAAACAUAAGGCAUGUGAUAUUCUGCUUAAUGAAGUUCAGAAAUUCUUGCAUCCAGGUUUGGAGCUUGAAGAAAGACUUCUAGCAUGUCUCUGUAUCUACAAAUAUACUUCUGGUAAAGGGAUGCAGAAACUUAUUCACUUCUCUGAAGGAGUAAGAGAGUCACUCAGACGAUUGUCUACCAUAACAUGGAUUGCAGAGGAAUUACUUAGAGCUGCUGAUUAUUUCCAUCCCAAUAAAUGGAGGAUUUCCUGUGUUCACACGCAAGUGGUGGAGGCGAGUCAAAAGAACAAUGGAGCUGUAACCGCUCUUAUCUACUACAAGGGACUGCUUUAUAGUGGAUAUAGUGAUGGGUCAAUAAAGGGGUGGGAGAUCAAGGGACAAACAGCCACUCUCAUAUCGGACGUGAAGGACCACAGAAAGACAAUAACAUGUUUCACCCUUUUUGAAGCAGGGAAUUGUUUAUUGAGUGCAUCAAUGGAUAAAACAAUUAGGAUGUGGCAAAUGGUGCAAAACAAGUUGGAGUGCAUUGAAGUAAUAGGAACAACAGAACCUAUUCAAAGUUUAGAUUCGUACCGGAAACAGAUUCUUGCUAUUUCACUAAGCCAUGAGAUGAAGGUAUUUGAUACAUCAUCAAUGGAUAGAGAUAUUACCAAGGCCAAAAAUGUAAAGUGUAUGAAAGUUAUCCAUGGAAAGGUUUUCAUAGGCUGCAUGGAUUCAAGCAUAUGGGAAAUAGAUUUAUGUAAAAAUCAGGAUCGAGAGAUCAAACCGGCAUCAAAAGUUUGGAAGAUGCAAAGUAGACCAAUCAGUUCAAUUGCUGUUUAUAAAGAAUGGUUGUACUGUUCAAGUCUAACAGUUGAAGGUUCAAGCAUCAAGGAAUGGAGGAGACAAAACAAGCCGCAUGUAACAAUAGUACCAGAAGGAGGAAAUCAUGUGCAGGCAAUGGAAAUAGUUGAGGACUUCAUAUACAUAAACUGCAACCAGUCACCCAGUACCCUUCAGAUUUGGCUGAGAGGGACACAACAAAAAGUAGGAAGACUAUCUGCUGGCAAAAAUAUUACAAGCCUACUUGUUGCAAAUGAUAUGGUACUCUGUGGUACAGAGACAGGAGUUAUCAAGGGUUGGAUCCCACUCUAGCAGUAUAGACAUAAUGUAAAUUGCAAUCUAUAGCAAAAUGGAUAUAUAUAUAUAUAUAUAUAUAUAUAUAUAUAUAUAUAUAUAUAUAUAUAUAUAUAUAUAUAUAUAUAUAUAUAUAUAAAUUAGAGUGAUGUAUAGCUAUUCUGAUAGUAAGAUAUAGUCAUGAAAUGAAAUUUGUGUAAAGUUCUCGUAGGCUGGAAUUAUUUCAAGUU